UUGCAGCACGUGUUUCUUCUUUGGCAAGUGACAUUUACCGGAAGUAAGUAGUGGAGGUGCCAUAGGCUGAAGACAAUAUUGCGACGCAGUGGAUGCGCUAUAGUCGUGGAUGUGGAGCAGCGGAAACGAAAGUACGAUUCGAGGAGUCUCAGCCACUGAUGAGCGAAUCGGUUGCAAGUACCAGCAGAGACGACAUCUUACUGUUGCCUCUAGCAAGUAUCCCGCCAUCCUCCACAGUGAAUCGUUUUGCGGGAUUUUUCGACACCAUCAUGUUCAGAUGCUGCUGGAAUUUCCUCCGUCGACGACGUACAUUGCAUUCUCGAACAAUAAGAGUUGGUCAUGGGCCGGUACUGGGUUCGGCGCAUUCGUUUCCUCCCAAUACAGUGUGUAAUCAGAAAUACAACAUGUUUACCUUCGUCCCUUUGGUUCUUUUUCAACAGUUCAAGUUCUUCCUGAAUCUUUACUUUCUGCUGAUGGCUUGCAGUCAAUUUAUUCCAGCAAUUCAGAUUGGAGCACCGAUCACUUAUUGGGGACCACUGGGUUUUGUGCUAACAGUAACACUGAUUCGCGAAGCUAUGGAUGAUUUUGUUCGCUUCUUGAGAGAUCGAGAACUAAAUAGUGAGAAGUAUGAAAAGCUAACACCACAAGGCAUAGAUUAUAUAUCGAGCUCGAAUAUCAAAGUCGGUGAUCUGAUUAUUAUACAGAAGGACAAGCGUGUACCUGCAGAUGUAGUGUUCUUACGAACUACUGAGAAAUCGGGAGCCUCCUUUAUUAGAACUGACCAAUUAGAUGGUGAAACUGAUUGGAAGUUACGGAUUGCUGUUCCUGUUACUCAAAAUCUUGUUUCGGAUCAGGACAUAUUCGACCUUAAUCUGGAAAUUUAUGCCGAAAAACCACAAAAGGAUAUUCACGAUUUCGUGGGUACUUUCAAGAUAAGUUCAGAGGAUUCAAUACAGGACGGAUCGUUAAACGUCGAAAAUGUUCUUUGGGCUAAUACGGUGCUUGCUAGUGGUCGUGUAGUGGGUGUUGUUGUGUAUACUGGUCGUGAAACCAGAUCUGUCAUGAAUACCACUUUGCCGGAAAGUAAAGUUGGAUUACUCGAUAUCGAGGUUAAUAACUUAACCAAGAUAUUAUUUUUGUUCGUGGUCGUGCUAGCUUCUGUUAUGGUCGCCAUGAAGGGAUUGGAUAAGAAUUGGUACCGGUAUUUGAUGAGAUUCAUUCUGCUAUUCUCAUAUAUAAUCCCGAUAUCACUGCGUGUCAAUUUGGACAUGGCUAAGCUCUUUUAUUCUUGGCAAAUCGGGAGAGACCGUCACAUCAAAGAUACCGUUGUGCGCAGUAGCACCAUUCCUGAAGAACUUGGCCGAAUUUCAUUCUUAUUAUCUGACAAGACGGGAACAUUAACAAUGAAUGAAAUGCGCUUCAAGAAGAUCCACCUAGGAACAGUGGCGUUCAGCAGCGAUGCUUUCGAGGAUGUAUCUCGACAUGUUUUGUCAGCUUAUUCUGGGAAGCUGGGUCGUCACUCAUUUUCUAGUAAGUUGCAGACGGCAGUAGAGGCGAUUGCGCUUUGUCACAACGUAACGCCAACAGAAGAAAAUGAACAAAUUAGUUACCAGGCUGCCAGUCCUGAUGAGGUUGCUCUGGUUCGGUGGACGGAGCAAGUGGGUGUUCGGCUAGCACAGCGUGACCUCGCUUCAAUGCAACUGCAACUUUCAAAUGGUCGAACAAAAAGUUUCCAAAUUCUCCACUUAUUUCCAUUCACAUCUGAAACAAAACGAAUGGGAAUCAUCGUUAAGGACGAGACGAGUGAUGAGAUUAGUUUGUUGAUGAAAGGUGCAGAUACGGUAAUGGCUGGAAUGGUGCAAUAUAACGAUUGGUUGGAGGAGGAAUGCAGCAACAUGGCAAGAGAAGGAUUGCGUACUUUGGUAGUUGCGAAGAAAGUUUUAUCGGUGGAACAACUCGCCGAUUUCGAGAAGCACUAUCAUCAAGCCAAGAUGACGGUGGUUGAUCGAAGUGAGCAUAUGGCUGCAGUACUGAGGCGGUUGGAGACUGAUCUGCAGUUGAUUUGUUUGACUGGUGUCGAGGAUAGAUUACAAGACGAAGUGACAACGUCGUUGGAGUUGCUUCGAAAUGCAGGGAUCAAAAUUUGGAUGUUGACUGGGGAUAAGCUGGAAACUGCAAUUUGCAUCGCGAAGUCAUCUGGGCUUUUUUCCAAAACAGACAAUGUGCAUGUAUUUGGACAAGUACAGACUAGAAUAGAUGCUCAUAACGAACUGAACGCCUUGAGGAGGAAAAACGAUGUGGCACUAGUUCUUUCUGGAUCUGCCCUCAAUGUAUGCUUGCAAUAUUAUGAAGCUGAAGUGGCGGAACUUGUUUGUGGUUGUACUGCUGUAGUGUGCUGUAGAUGUUCACCAGAGCAGAAGGCUCAACUCGUAAAUUUGCUUCGGAAGUAUCGUUCCCCUUUACGAGUAGCUGCUAUUGGUGAUGGUGGUAAUGACGUGUCUAUGAUUCAAGCAGCACAUGCUGGGAUUGGAAUUGACGCUCAUGAAGGAAAACAGGCGUCUUUGGCAGCCGAUUUUUCUAUCCCUCAAUUUGCUCAUAUCUGUCGCUUACUUCUUGUUCACGGGCGUUAUUGUUAUAAGCGUUCUUGCGCACUCUCUCAGUUCGUCAUGCAUAGAGGUCUCAUCAUAUCGAUUAUGCAAGCCAUUUUCUCUUGUGUAUUUUAUUUUGCCUCUGUUUCAUUGUAUCAGGGCGUAUUAAUGGUUGCAUAUUCGACCGUAUACACAAUGCUACCGGUGUUUUCUCUAGUGGUUGAUCGAGAUGUUACUGCAUUGAAUGCUUUAACUUAUCCCGAGCUCUAUAAAGAGCUCGGUAAAGGACGUUCUCUCUCUUACAAAACUUUUUGUAUAUGGAUUCUUAUAAGUAUUUAUCAAGGAUCAGCAAUUAUGUACGGCGCCUUGCUUGUAUUCGAUUCCGACUUCAUUCACAUUGUAUCCAUCAGUUUUACUGCUUUAAUCGUCACCGAAUUGAUUAUGGUAGCACUUACCAUACAUACCUGGCACUGGGCUAUGCUCCUUGCUCAGGCUCUUUCACUGAGCUUAUAUGCUGGAUCCCUGCUCUUAUUGGAUAAUUUCUUCGACCGUCAAUUUGUUACAACAUGGAUUUUUCUGUCAAAAACAACAGCGAUAACGGCAGUUUCAUGUUUUCCGCUUUAUAUCAUUAAGGCACUUAGGAGGCGAUUUUCACCCCCAUCUUAUGCUAAAGUGAAUUAAUUCAAAGCUUUUUGAACUCUGCAUGUCACAACAAGUAAAGAAACUUGUUUGCGUUCAAAAGAACGUAUAAACGAAGGAUUCAGUUUAUCGGCACUUCUGGCAUGCGAACAGUUAUUCUUCGCUGGUGAAAUACGUAUAUGAUAUUUGAUGUUAUCUGUAAUGGAUGUGUAAUAUGGUAGUAUGAUAUUUAUUUCUUUCGUUAUUAUAAGAUUUCUUGUCUAUUUAUAGUUAAUUGUGGUUUGUUAGGCCUGGAUAGAUUGCCUAGCAGUUAAGGGAAUCGGAUUAUGGAUUGAGAAUCCUGUGUGUUUCUGUGAUCCAAUAAUCGUUAAUAGAUGUGGCUAUUUAUCAGCGGUGACUUAUGGAAUGCCCUAAUUGUUCAGUGUGGAGAAUAAAUAGUUUCAACGAACUAUAUUCAAAACGCUUAUUUGAGCGAGAAACUCUCCAUCCAUGAACAUUAUCGGCAGUCAGGAAUAUUUCACUGAUGUUAAAUAAAUGUAUACCAACUUGC